AUGGCGCCCCCAACUCCCGUGUAUAGUGGUAAGGAAAUACGACACCAAUAUGCCACAUGUCUCGAGGACCCUUUGGACCACAAAUGCCUGCUUCGAUCCUUGACUCAAUAUGAGUGCACUUUCAAGGUUUCUCCUAACAAUUCGACACCAGCAAAGAUCAUUUGUUUGCCAUUUAAACGACUUUUUCAAAGGUGUUUGAUGCCCGUAGUAGAGACAGUUGACGGCAAGAAAGUGCGCUACAACAAAUGGACAAACAUAGAGGUCACCGACGAGACCACAAAUCGAGAUUUGCUCGAACAGAGCCGAUACGGAAAAGACAUCGAGGAGUUUAUGGAAGCGGAAAAAGAGUUACAACGUUACAUGGAGAAUCUAGAGCGAGAGGAAAGAACAAACGAAAGCUAG